AUGUCCGGCAACCUGACGUCCGACGUGCUCAAGGGCGCCGAUGCUUACCAUCACUUCCGGCAUUCUCUUUCUUCCCGCCGUUUGGACCGGAAGAGACAGCGGACUCCACGAUCUUCCCACCACGCUGCCAUCUUGUCCACCAACGAUGCCUCCAUCCACCGACCUCCGGCUCCCUCCUCCUCUCACCGGGGAAGUCCUGGCGGUGCCGAUACGCUCACCCUGCUGCCGACAUCGCCAGGACUGGGUGACAAGCGCGUAGGAGGCCUGGAACGCCUGGCCCUCCUACCGCCAUCCGGCAAAACCACCGAUGUCUCCGAAGCUGCAGCAGGCGCCGGGCGGUUGUCCACACCGGCAAUCACCUCCUCCAAUGCUCUCGAGGUACGCCUGCAAUAA